GUGAGUCCCAUGUGUAUACUCCCACAGAAGUGGAUGGCACUAUUCCGGACAGGGCUGGUGCUAUCCCAGAUUUGGAGACUUUGCUGGUAUCGGACGAAGAAGAGGAGGAGCUUCCACAUGCAAGAGUGCAACAUCCGGAUCGUAACCAGAAGAACAAGAAAGAGGCCCACCAGAAGAUGAUUCGACUGGGCUGCCACAACGAAGUUUUGCUGCAAUUCGUUGCAAAUUGGAGCCAGAUACAGCGGCUACUGCGUCGUCAGCUUCCGACAUGUGUUUGUGCACUAUGCCACGACUUGCUCCAGAAAAUGACGAGAUGCAGAUUCUGCCUAGGCACCGAGAAAAAGAAUGGGCACCAAGGCUGCGGCCUCGGGAAGGAGGCGUCGUACUACCGUCGGAACCACCCAAACUGGUACCCAACAUUGCUUCGGGAUCAAGCUCAUGGUGACGACACCGCUGAAGCCAGGAGAAAAGCAGACAUGGACCGGAAGCUCCACGAGGGUCGUCAAAAGACGGCAGAGAAGCUGGAGAAGAUCCGUCGUAAGCGAGAAGCCGAAGAAGAACAAAUUUUAUUCGAUUAA